AUGUUACCUCGCUCUGAUGCUGUCCGUCAUAUGACGGACGAAAGCUUAACACCUUUUCACCGGAAUCGAAAGAGAAUGCCUCGAAAACAGCGUCAGCAUGAAUCUUCCAAUAAAGCCAAUCGACAGCUGGUCAAGAGGAAUCCGCCGUCGUCUUCUGGUGGAACCGACCUUCGAAUCUCUCUCAACCUAAUCGACAGCUGGUCAAGAGGAAUUCGCCGUCGUCUUCUGGUGGAACCGACCUUCGAAUCUCUUCACCCAACAGCUGGUCAAGAGGAAUUCGCCGUCGUCUUCUGGUGGAACCGACCUUCGAAUCUCUUCACCCAACACUUGCACUCGAAAUGCAAGUAA